CGCGAAGUGAUUCUUGUAAUCCGGUAAUGUGGAGUUUCUCUAGGUAACAGCAGAACAGCCAGUAAUACUAUACAAAGACAUAAUCUCAAACAGCUACUUCAACAUUUGGAAAGAAAAGAAAAAGAAAAGACAGCAGUAAAGAUGUCUGAGUCGAGGCGGAGUUCUGGCAACGGACCGGGUGGGCGCAGUAGACCAGAGAGAGCAGCAGACACAGGUGAUGAAGAUGACAGUGCUGGUCCAUCAGGGCUUCAGGAGGAAGAUGAUGAUCCAGCACGUCGGCGACAGAUCAGGAGCCAGUACAGGGAUCUUAUUAACUCUGUUCAGCAAAAUCGGGAGGACAUGCUUAACCCUGCCAACAAUAAACUCUUUGAUGUGCUGGAAGAGGCCAACAAACUGUUUGUUAAUGUAAGGCAGGCUCGAGAAGCAGCACUAGACGCACAGCUCUUAGUUCUCGCUACAGACCUUGGAAGAGAAAAGGCAAGCCAGCUGCAUGCAGAGGGUUCCUCUUUUGAUCUUGUUGCCUUUUCUGAGCAUUUGUUGUCCUUGAUGGGUCUUAAUCGAUUAGAAGAGGAAGAUGAUGCUGAUAGUGACAUGAGUGGGUAUCUGCCUCCAGAUGCCUGGCAGAGGCUUUCCAAAAAGGCACAGUAUUGCUUUAAAACAGCUCCUUCAUUUCAUUACAUGUAUGGCUCAUUUUUGGCUGAACCGCCACCACCAAGGCAGCGUGUUGAGAGACAGAGAAAAGCACCCAUUAAAGAAGCAAAACGAAUUAUGCCCACUCAGCUAAAGAAAAUGGAUGAAUCACACCAGGAAUCUACAGAGAAAGAGGUGGAGAGAAUUUUGGGUUGCCUUCACAAGUACUUCGCUGAUGACCCACAGUCGCCUAUAUUGUAUUAUGAUUUUGUUGUUGAUCCUGCGUCAUUUUCACGGACAGUGGAGAACAUUUUUCACACAUCGUUUCUUAUCAGGGAUGGCCUGGUAAGGAUGUAUCUAAAUAAUGACAAGCUUCCCUGCAUAGCUCCAGUUGAAGAAGGUGAGUUGGAGCCUGGUAGUACCAACACUCGUCACCAGUGUGUCAUCUCAUUGAGUCCUGCUAGCUGGAGGGAAAUCAUUGAGGUGUUUGACAUUAAAGAGGCCCUAAUUCCAUCCCCCAAAAUGUCACAGGAGGACUGAUAAAACAAUUGUUUAUAUUAUUCUAUUUUAAUAUCUUCACUUUUUAAGAAAAGGGUUUUAUUUCAUUUACACUUUACAUGUAAAUUAUACAUGUAAAAUUCACUGUGGUUAAACUUGUUUAAAUCUUGUGAUACAAGAAUAUGUUACAAUAUUAAUAUUGUAAAAUAAAGGUUUACAGAAUGUCUUUACAUAAA